GCCGCGCUCGAACGCGGGGCGGGAUAAGAUGGCGGUGCGCCAGCAGCUGCAGAAGCUUUUCCAGGAGCCACAGCUCAGCGGGACCAUCACUGUGGAGCGGCCGCUCUUCCCCACCGCUGACGCACCCUUCUGCUUCCCUCCACCGGCCUCGCCACCGGCCUCGCCGUCUUCCUUGUCGGCAUCGGCGGUGGUGUCGCCCCCGCGGCGGCAGGGGCCGCUGCCGGCGGAGUGCGCCAUGUUCCAGUGCGGCGGCUGCUGGGCGGUGCUGGGGGACUCGCUGCACCUGUGCGCGCAGGAGGAGCGGCGGCUUGGCCUCCUCGUCUGCUACAGAGUCACAAACAACGUGGUCUGGGAGGACUCGCUCGUGAUCGGCCUGGAGGGAGCCCUCCUGGGAUGUGCUUACAAUGUAUUAUCCUGUCAGUCAUGUGGCUCGAACCUGGGCUUCAUUCUUUAUUCUGCCCCCAGUGACCUGGCGUAUCUCCGAGGCCUCUUCUGUUUCUUCAAGGACAGCAUCAUCUGUUAUCUAUUAGAAAAACAAAUUAUAAUACAAGCUUCUAAGGUGAAUUUUCCUGCGGUGACUUUGGAGGAACCAGCACAGAAACUGAAAGAAAAGAUUGUGAAGGCCCACAUUCGCAUAGAGUUGCUGAUGAGGAAGGUGGAGGAACUGGAACAAAAGAAUGAUGUGGCAGAAGGGCAAAGACCUGCAUCAGAUGCAGUUGUCCUUCCGCCGGGAUAUGCAAUAGUCAGGAUCAACUAAUACGCCAUCUUUGAGAACUGCUGGAGUUGUUUGUGCAUCUCUGCUGAGUUUGUUCACUAUGGUAAAAUAAUGCACCAGAACAGCUUUGAGUGUUGAUCUGUCACUUUAUCUGUGUAUAGAAAGAACUAGUGCUUAAGUGCAUCCCUUCAAUCUAAGGGGAACACCUCAAAUCUGACAUACUGAAGUUAUACUUGGAAAAAUUAAUAGCUCAUCCAUGCGGUGCAUUGCUCUCUGAGACAGUAUAAUUAUGACUUUGAUUCUCUCUAAUGACUUCAGGGGAAAAACAGCCUUUGAAAUACUAAAAUCAGGUUUCCGGAACUAUACAAAACGUACUAAUGAGCAGAUAUUCAAGAGGGGCUAUUAGAAAUUGAACAUUCUCGCACAGAUCUAAAGUUCUUAUCCUACCUUUUCAUACAGAUACAGCAUUAAUGGCAGCCAGCUGUUGGCCAAGUGGUAUGUGAGACACUGCUAAAUGGCCUCCUGAUCAUUUUUUUUGGAUUUGCUUGUGUGUGGACCCUGCAGAAGGAGCAAGCUAGCCUGUCGUAGAAGCUGCACGGUGUGCUUGCUUGGCGCAUGGAUCUGGGUAGCCCAAUGCUGGCUGGAGCACAAGGCUUUGGAUUUCAAAUUCAAGGGCAACCCAUGUGCCUGCCAAGUCCCCUGGAAGUGCAGCCCCGCAGCUGCACAGGACUGGGUCAAGCUCUUGCUGUGAAGCUCCUCUCGCUGCACCACCUCGGAGGCUUUAGGUGGGCAGCUGCUGCUUAUACUACUACUUAUGUUAACUGUGCUGCUUUUUGAUUAGGAGUUCGGAGUUGUCUUGGUUUGUUCUGAUUAAGCAGUAACAUAGAAUAGCAACAGCCAUUGUGCAGGGAGAGGAGGGGUGCUCACUGUUAAAUUCUAAUAGUAUAUGCUGUCUCAGUGAUUUUUAUUGUUUAUGUUUUACAACUUUGACAGUGCAAAAAUGUAGUGCUUUUCAAUGACAGCUAAAUUCAGGAUAUCAGAAGUAACUACCUGAAGUAAAUGUUAGACUCCUGUAAGAUCUGUUUCAUUGUCCAUAAUGACAAAUGUUGUUUUCUCUAAAGUGAGCUCCAUUGUGAACCCUUAGCUCCUUAGCCGGAAGGCUGUUCUUAAUAGUUGUCAUUGUAUAUUGAUGUGACGUUUGGAAUUGCUGUAUUUGAUUGCUUCAUUAUUAAGAACAAAACAUCUUUAAAGUUGUGUUGUGCAGUGACUUCUGCGUUAAGGGGGCCUGUUGGUUGUUAACUGGGGACUUGUGACUAAGCUCAUUUUGUGCAGGCAUCCCCCCAUCUCAAGUCAAUGUUUUCCAUUGUAUAACUUCACCUUGUGUUACUUGUGACAGCCCUUUUGUUGUUGCAUCAGUCUAAGAAACAUGAUUGAUGACAGGACUACUCACUUUCGCCCUUUUAUUCUGGUUUCUGCAUUGAGACUGUUUCUUGCUAUACACUUUACAUCUAUACCAUCUGUAAUAGUGCUAAAUUGUCUUGUUUCAUUUAGCUAAGCAUCCAUACCUAAAAGGAGAAGAGAGUUGUCAGUUACAUUUUUUUUUAUAUAUUAUCUUUACAGUUGUAAAGAAGAAACUUUUUUAAAUUAAAAAAAAAUAAUCUGAAAUUCAUUAGCAUAUAUUGUGUGGAUCACUGGGUGAGUCAUGU